CAGAGCUCCUGCUAACGGCUCGCGGCUACCAGCUAGUGAUAUAUCGGUGAGCGGUCCCUCUGCUUUGGACUGCCUCAUUAUUUUUUUUUUCUCUUCACUAACUAGAAGUUAAAAUAAUCUUUAUUUGCUUUCUCUGCCAUUACAGUGAGUUUUUUUAGGCUGUAAGGCUAAUGCCACAGAGCUAGCAGCAGCGAGCGAGAGAGCGACUCUAUCCAGCUUUCCUGGGAAGAGGGGGAGAAGUUUCCGGUGUUCAGACAAUAAUGCAGUGAUUUUACAUACGUGGCUCGUUGUCGACUCAAUAUUUAGCCCCUUUAUCUUUUAUGUUGGACUCCAUAAAGUUGUACGACCAGCUGGAGAUGAAGAGAUAAAUUGAUGCUUGGAUUUAAACAUCUGCAAAGGAGAUGAGUCAGCUUUGGUGGCGAGCCAAGCGCCUGUCGGAGAGGUUGGGAAGCGACUCUCCUGAUGGCCUUCCUCCAGGCUCUCCGAGCACCGUGGCCCCCCAGGGGUCCAACUCUUCCUGGGCGCCCAUUGCCCCGGUGGUCCGACCCGAGGAGCCGAUCUUCCUCAUGACGUCCACUGCCCAGACUAUCUCCGGGUUCUUUGUCUGGACAGCGCUUCUCAUCACGUGUCACCAGAUCUACAUGCACCUGCGUUACUACAGCUCUCCGAAUGAGCAGAGGCAUAUUGUCCGGAUCCUCUUCAUAGUCCCCAUCUAUGCCUUUGACUCCUGGCUCAGCCUCCUUUUCUUCACCAACGAGGAGUACUACGUAUACUUUGACACAGUCAGAGACUGCUACGAAGCUUUUGUCAUCUACAACUUUCUUAGUUUGUGUUAUGAAUAUCUGGGCGGAGAAAGCGCCAUUAUGGCUGAAAUCCGAGGAAAACCCAUCGAAUCCAGCUGCAUGUAUGGAACCUGCUGUCUGUGGGGGAAGGCCUACUCCAUCGGUUUCCUCAGGUUUUGCAAACAGGCCACGCUCCAGUUCUGUGUGGUUAAACCUCUGAUGGCGGUCAUCACCGUCAUCCUUCAGGCCUUUGGGAAAUACAAAGAUGGAGACUUUAAUGUGGCCAGCGGCUAUCUGUAUGUCACCAUCAUCUAUAACAUCUCUGUCAGUUUGUCGCUCUACGCGCUCUUCCUCUUUUACUUUGCCACGCGUGAGCUGCUGGUCCCUUACAACCCCGUGCUCAAGUUCUUCAUGGUGAAGUCUGUCAUCUUCCUCUCCUUCUGGCAGGGGAUGCUUCUGGCCAUCCUGGAGAAAUGCGGCGCCAUUCCUCAGAUCAACUCUGCCGAUUUCUCAGUGGGAGAAGGAACGGUGGCGGCCGGAUACCAGAACUUCAUCAUCUGCAUCGAGAUGUUCUUCGCUGCUGUGGCGCUGCGCCACGCCUUUACCUACAAGGUCUACAUGGACAAACGGCUGGACUCCUACGGCUCCUUUCCAAUCUACGGACAAUACGGUAGGACCAACGUCGGCUCUCUUUCUUCUUUACCCCCCCACUGUGUGUCAGAAGGCUGAUUCUAUCGUGUUUAGUGAUCUAUUGCUUUGGUGGCUCGUCUCAAUGUUCUGUGAAAUAAUUU